AUGUUUUACUGGAAAUACGAAAAAGACGAGUUAAUAAUAAAUGAGAUUUAUCGGUUGAUCAGAAAAAUUGGCUGUGGCUCUUUUGGUGUUAUAUAUCUGGGUGUAAAUCAGAAAAACGGAGAGGAAGUUGCGGUUAAGGUGGAGAGGAAUUCCGCUCGUCAUAGACAGUUAGCAUAUGAAAGUAAGGUAUACAGAAUCUUAAAUGGUGGAAUUGGCAUUCCUCGUUUAAGGUGGUGUGGAAGUCAAUAUGAUCACUAUUUUCUCGUGAUGGACUUACUUGGCCCAAGUCUUGAGGAUUUAUUUCUUUUCUGCGCUCGGCGUUUCACAACAAAAACAGUUCUCAUGCUGGCUGAUCAGAUGCUUGCACGAGUAGAGUUCUUUCACAAAAGAUGCUUCGUGCAUAGGGAUAUUAAACCUGACAAUUUCCUAAUGGGAAUUGGACGACAUUGCAACAAACUUUACAUCAUUGAUUAUGGGCUGGCUAAACGCUAUUGCACCUACAGGGGACGUCACAUUGAGUACAGAGAUGACAAGAAUCUGACAGGAACUGCCAGAUACGCCAGUAUUAACGCUCACCUUGGAAUUGAACAGUCUCGUAGAGAUGACUUGGAGUCGCUUGGAUAUGUCCUCAUGUAUUUCAAUCGUGGAAGUCUACCCUGGCAAGGAUUAAAAGGUAAUACUAAACGUCAAAAAUAUGAAAGGAUUAGUGAAAAGAAGAUUUCGACUCCGGUGGAGGCUUUGUGCAAGGGCUUUCCGGCUGAAUUUGCAAUGUACUUGAAUUACUGUCGAAAUCUUCGCUUUGAAGAGACUCCGGAUUAUCUCUACCUACGCCAAUUAUUCCGCAUUCUAUUCCGCACUCUCGGACACAAAUUUGACUUCCUUUUUGAUUGGACCCUGUUGAAGAGGCACACAGAAAAGCCCGGCACUUCUUCAGCCCAGCCUGUGAGCGGUCCAUCAGAUAAUAUUCUUGAUCCUCCUAAGCUCCCACUUCAAGUGAAUGAGGGUUUGGCUCAAAAUGUCCUUGGAUCCUCAUCCGCUGCUGCUGCUGGUGGUGGUGGUGUUUCACAACUACAGCAGUGCGAAAAUCCCAGUGCAGGAGUUCCUUCUAGCGCUAAUCCCAAACCAGUGAAUGCUAUGUUGGAUGAUGCUAUCCAGUCGUUUCUGGAUGACCUUGGGGACUGA